AUGCCAGUGAAAUGUUGUUUCCACAGGUCAGACCCUGGGGAAACAAUGGCCUGCUCUGAGUCUGUGGAUACACUACUAGCUAAUAAAGAUGGCUUGGAAGCUUUUAGGACAUUUUUGAAGUCAGAGUUCAGUGAGGAGAAUGUGGAGUUCUGGCUGGCCUGCGAGGACUUCAAGAAAACCAAGUCCUCCACUAAGAUCGCCUCAAAAGCCCAAAAGAUUUAUUCUGAUUUUAUACAAGCUGAUGCUCCAAAGGAGAUUAAUAUUGACUUCCAUACCAAAACCCACAUCUCUCAGAAUAUCUCUGAGCCAACUCUCAGCUGCUUUGACGAUGCUCAGAGGUUAAUCUAUAGUCUCAUGGCAAAGGCCUCUUUCCCCAGGUUUUUACGGUCAGAAGAGUACAAGGAACUAGUAAAGAAGCAGCAGAACAGAAAUCAGAAGAGAUGGCUCCCAUUUUUGUAA